AUGCGAGGUCUUAUCCCACCGACACACCUGUCGCGGGAAACAGGCCACACCAUGGCUGGUGUAGAUAGCGCCACGCUCACUAUGGGUGCGGACAUCCCCUCAUUGGCUAUCACAACUGACGAGAUGCGGUACACCCGGCCCACCCAGGUAGACCACGACCGAAGCUUCCACCGAGCCGGUGGGCCGCCGUUACGCUUUGACCGGCAGGUUCCAUGCCUCCAAGCUGGGAAACCUAUCUUUGAAAACCGAUGCCGCAGUAAAGAAAGAUGA